CAAAGAGUCGCGUAGUAUUGUGGAAAUUGGGUGUACCAACACAUAGAGAUAGAGAGAUGGCGAGUAAUCGUACUAUAGUUCUGUAUCCAUCUCCAGGCAUGGGUCACCUGGUUUCCAUGGUGGAGCUGGGUAAGUUCACUCUCAACCACCACCCUGGAUUGGCUGUUACUGUUCUCGUGGUGAACCCGCCAUACAACACUGCAGCCUCCACUGCUGCUUACAUGAAUCGCAUUUCUGCCACCACCCCUUCCAUCACUUUCCACCACCUGCCCUCUCCGCCUCUUGACCCUGACUCUUACCCCUCCUUGGAAGCUCUCCACUUCGAGCUCCUUCGACUCAGCAACCCUCAUGUUCACCAAGCUCUGCACUCCAUCUCCUUGACAGCUGGAAUCUCUGCAUUCAUCAUCGACUUCUUUUGCACUUGUGCCCUCUCUGUUGCUACCAACCUUGGAAUCCCGACUUAUUACUUCUUCACUUCUGGCGCUAAUGGUCUCGCUCUCUUCCUUUACUUACCCACGCUCCACCAAUCAACAAACAAAAGCUAUAAAGACCUGGACGAACUUUUACAUGCUCCUGAUUUACUUCCAAUACCACCACGAGACAUGCCAGUGCCUUUGCUGGAAAGAACGUCUCCUGAGUAUGCAUUUUUCUUAGAUGCUACGACGCAAUUGGUAAAAUCGUCCGGGAUCCUAGUCAACACGUUCGAAUCGCUCGAACAUAACAUCUUGAAAUCAAUCUCUCAUGGAAAGUAUGUUCCGGAUGGCCCCACUCCGCCUGUUUUCAGCUUAGGACCUCUGAUUGCAUCAGACAACGGGAAAGGUGGAGGUGCAGCAGGCGGAACGGGAGGAGGUGUGCAUGAAUGUUUGAAAUGGCUGGAUAUGCAACCAAGUCGAAGCGUUGUAUUCUUGUGCUUUGGGAGCGUGGGUCGAUUUCCAGCUGAGCAACUGAAAGAGAUAGCCAUCGGUUUGGAGAGGAGCGAGCAAAAGUUCCUGUGGGUGGUGCGCAGUCCGCCUUCUGAGGACAAAACCAGCCGCUUUCAAACUCCACCCGCCCCAGAUCUGGAUUUGUUGCUUCCCCACGGGUUUUUGGACCGGACAAAGGAUAGGGGUUUCGUGGUGAGUUCUUGGGCACCGCAGGUGGAUGUGUUGAAUCAUGGGUCGGUGGGUGGGUUUGUGACCCACUGUGGGUGGAACUCAGUGUUGGAAGCAGUCCGUGCGGGUGUGCCUAUGGUGGGGUGGCCACUUUAUGCUGAGCAGAAGCUGAAUAAGCUGUUCUUAGUUGAGGAGAUGAAGUUGGCCUUACCAAUGGAUGAAAGUACGGAAGGUGGGUUCGUGAAAGCGGCUGAAAUCGAGAAGCGAGUUAGGGGGUUGAUGGAUUCGGAGGAAGGAAAGGUGAUCAGGCAAAGAGCCCAGGCAAAGAAAGAGGAAGCGAAGCAAGCAAUGGCUGAUGGGGGCUCAUCCACUGUGGCAUUGGCCAAAUUGGUAGAAUCCUGGAGGAAGCUGGAGUAAGCUGGGAAUUAGCCACAUUUUCUUGCACCAGUCCACUGCAAUAAUAAACUAAACCCUAUGGAUGGAUGGAUAUAUUUGUGCAAACACUCCUGCUACAUUUGUUACUGGAAGGAUAUAUUGUUAUAUAAAUGUCAACAAAUAUAUUUUCAGUA